CCUGGGCUGACAGAGCGUGGCAGUGUUGAUUUGGAUGUACGAUUUCAAAUGACAUUCUGUAUCUGUCUUCAAAACAACUUCAAAACUACCAAAGCCGAAACCUCUCACAAUCCAGUUUCCCCAUACAAAGUUCGAACUUGAAAAGCAUACCAAACCCAUCAAAUUGGUCUUACCAUAUACAACAUUGCAUCUCUCAAGGUGCAUCCAGAGACGCCCUUCUUAUCUAUACUCAAAUUCGCUGUGCUGGAACUUUUAUUCUUGGUUUAGUCCCAUUACUAGUCAAAGCUUGUGCUUCACUCUCAAGCCUUAAUUAUGGAAAGGCUUUACAUGGUGAAUCAAUCAAAGCUGGGGCAGAAUUUGAUGUGUUGGUGGGGACUUCAAUUGUUGAUAUGUAUGCAAAAUGUGGAAACAUUGCUGAUUCACGUAGAGUGUUUGAUUAUAUGCCUGUGAGAAAUGUUGUGACAUGCAAUGCAAUGAUAGGGGGGUACAUGAGAAAUGGUGAUACAAAAUCGGGUUCAUUGUUGUUUGAGCAGAUGCCAAUGAGAACAGCUGUGACUUGGAUUGAAAUGAUUGAUGGGUAUGCUAAGCUGGGAGACAUGGUAAUUGCUAGGCAGUUUUUUGAUAGAGUUCCGUUUGAGUUGAGGAACGUUGUUACAUCAAGUGUGAUGGUUGAUGGGUAUUGCAGUAAUGGGGAUAUGGAGGCUGCUAAAAAGGUUUUUGAGGCGAUGCCACAGCGGAAUUUCUAUGUUUGGUCAUCGAUGAUUUCUGGGUAUUUCAAGAAAGGUGAUGUGAAAGAGGCUAAGGUAAUAUUUGAUAGAAUUCCGAGGCGGAAUUUAGUGAAUUGGAAUUCAUUGAUUUCUGGGUAUGCACAAAAUGGGUGUUGUGAGGAAGCUCUGGAUGCUUUUACAGAAAUGCAAGCUGAAGGGUUCGAGGUUGAUGAAGUUACAUUGACAAGUGUUUUAUCUGCUUGUGCUCAGUCAGGUUUAUUGGAUGUCGGUAAAGAAAUACAUCAAAUGAUAAUCCAAAAGAGGAUUGAACUUAAUCAGUUCAUUCUCAACGGGUUGGUUGACAUGUAUGCAAAAUGCGGGGAUUUAGGCAAUGCACGAUUGAUCUUUGAAGGAAUGUCAUAUAAGAAUGAUGCUUGUUGGAAUGCUAUGAUUUCAGGUUUUGCCAUUCAUGGUCAAUGCAAAGAAGCUAUUGAGUUCUUUGGCAGAAUGGAGAACCUGGGUGAGAAACCCAAUGAUAUAACCUUCCUGUCUGUUCUAUCUGCUUGUGCACAUGGCGGAUUUGUGAAGGAGGGCUUAGAAACUUUCUCUAAGGUGGAGAAAUAUGGUGUAACAGCCAGCAUCAAGCAUUAUGGGUGCUUAAUUGACCUUUUGGGACGAGCAGGGAGAUUAGAGGAGGCUUAUGAUUUGAUCAAGAAAAUUCCAUUGAAACCAAAUGACACCAUCUGGGGGGCUCUUCUUGGAGCAUGUCGUAUUCACAUGGACACCAAUUUGGCGGACAAGGUAGUGAAAGAGGUUUGCAAACAAAAUUCAGAAAAAGGUUCCAGUCAAGAAUCACAUCAUGUGUUGCUGUCAAACAUUUAUGCAGCUUCUGAUAGCUGGGAGAAGGCUGAAAGAAUGAGGAUGGACAUGUCGAAUAAAGGGUUUCAAAAAACGCCUGGGCGCAGCGCAGUUCAUUGAUGCCCAUGCCCAACACCACCAAGAUAAGCUUUCAAUCAGUACUACUUGGCCAGUCUGCUUUUGAAAAAUGAUUCAUCUGAAACUGGUGAGUGAGUGGACUCCAUAUACCUAAGAAAUGUAAAUUGCAUGAGGCAGCAGUAGACCCCAUCUGAACCAUGAUAUGCACAGCAGUGAAGUGAUUGGAAAGUUGUUUAACGUAGCACUUAUCAGAAAGCAAAAU